GAAUAUGGGAAGGUGAAAUAAGUGCUUGUCCAGGAGACACAUGGAGCAGCGUAAUUAGACACAAAGUUUACGUUAAAAGAAAUCGUUGCUGUUUUACUUUCGAAAAAGAAAAGGCAAAUUUCUUCACUCAGUUUUAAUGGAUUCUCAAGCACAACAUUCCUUUCUUCAUUCACCAAGGCGUUCAAAAUCUCUUGAACGAUCUACAAACCCAGUUCACUAUGUGCUUCGCUCUCAGCGACUUAUUCUUCUCUUCGUUGGAAUUUCCAUUUCAGCUCUCUUUUUCAACAGAUUUUCCAUUUCACGUCCACCACCGUCAUUUCACCAUCAAACAAUCGACCCGGGUUUUCAAUCCCACUCGACUCACCUGACUCGCCGCCGGGUCCUCUUCGAGACUCGCCAUGAAGAAAAAUCGUUCGGCCGCAUGAAAGCGGGUGGGAAAGUGCUUUUAGGCCUAAAAAGAAAAGGCUUGAGGAUUCUGGUCACGGGUGGGGCCGGGUUCGUGGGCAGCCACCUUGUGGACCGUCUGAUGGAAAGAGGUGAUAGCGUGAUCGUGGUUGAUAAUUUCUUCACGGGGAGAAAAGAUAACUUGGUUCAUCAUUUUGGUAACCAUCGGUUUGAGAUGAUUAGACACGAUGUGGUUGAGCCAAUUCUUCUCGAAGUUGAUCAGAUCUACCACCUGGCUUGUCCCGCAUCGCCCGUUCAUUACAAAUUCAACCCCGUUAAGACUAUCAAGACGAAUGUGGUUGGUACACUGAACAUGUUAGGCCUGGCGAAGAGAGUUGGUGCUCGGUUCCUGUUAACCAGCACGAGCGAGGUGUACGGCGAUCCUCUGCAGCAUCCGCAAGCUGAGUCCUACUGGGGCAAUGUCAACCCCAUCGGGGUGAGGAGCUGCUAUGAUGAGGGAAAGCGCACGGCUGAGACUUUGUCAAUGGACUAUCACAGAGGACUUGGAAUUGAGGUGAGGAUUGCUAGGAUUUUUAACACUUAUGGACCUCGAAUGUGUAUCGAUGAUGGUCGUGUGGUUAGCAAUUUCGUUGCCCAAGCGUUGAGGAAGCAGCCAUUAACAGUAUAUGGGGACGGCAAGCAAACAAGGAGCUUCCAAUAUGUUUCAGACCUGGUGGAGGGUCUAAUUCGUCUUAUGGAAGGCGACCAUGUGGGUCCUUUCAAUCUUGGUAACCCUGGUGAAUUUACCAUGCUUGAACUUGCACAGGUGGUGCAAGAGGUGAUAGAUCCGAAUGCGAAGAUAGAGUUUAGGCCUAAUACAGAAGAUGAUCCCCAUAAAAGAAAGCCAGACAUUACCAAAGCAAAGAAGCUUUUAGGGUGGGAGCCCACGGUGUCCCUUCGGCAUGGCCUGCCCCGCAUGGUUUUUGACUUCAGACAGCGCAUCUUUGGCAACCAAAAGGAUGGUAGCGCCACCACCACCUCCUCACAAGAUUCUGCUUAACUUCACAUGUGCUGAGGACAGUGAGAUGGCAUUCACAUUACAAUAAACAAAUACGCAUAUGUUUUUUAAGAAUACAAUUAGUUAUAUAAAUAAUAAAUAUUUUGUAAUUAAUUGAUUUUGAACUAGCAAUAAAUUAAACCCUAACUGCA